GAGAGGGGUCCUUUCCACCCCGCGGCCAGACAAAAGAAGACUGCAAAAGGAGAAAAUCUUCUAACCACUUCUUGUUGCAAUGCUAUAGUUUUAUUUGGAAGUCUACAUUGCGCCUUUACAUGCGUAUUUAGGACAUUUCAAAAAGCAGGAAAACUGGAAGUCUUCUUUUAAUAGCCAUUGUCAGUGUGUCAUGAGUGCGGGGUCACAGUGGAGGGUGAUGACCUGUUUUUCACCUGUCGUUCUUCUCCGGAUGGACCCGUGUACAUCUUUACAGGUUUUCUUGCGAAAAGACUCUCUCUGAACAGUCCUCCCAUAACGCGCUCAGAUGCUCACCUGGGUCCAAUUUUUGAAACGAUCGCCCGAAUCUGGCGCAAAGAGCUCACUGUCCUGGGUGAUAGCAGCGCUGGAGCGAUGCAGUCCAUCCUGCCCUCGGCUGUCGUGCUAUGUUUCCAGGCAGUUUUACUGCUAUACAGCCCAUUACAGGUGUUAGUAGUAGAAAAUGUUAACUUUGGAGUACACGUGGAGAAUCAGACUGGGGUUCGGGAUGGUUUGAGCCGGAAGCACCACAGAGUUUACCAACUAUACAGCCGGACCAGCGGAAAACAUGUCCAGGUGCUUGGCAAGAAAAUCACUGCCAUGGGAGAGGAUGGGGACAAAUAUGCCCAGCUUGUGGUGGAGGCCGACACCUUUGGGAGUCAAGUGAGAAUACGAGGAAAAGAGUCAAACUACUACAUGUGCAUGAAUCGUAAGGGGAAGCUUGUGGGAAAGAAAGCCAGCAAUGUAAAUGGAGGCUGUGUUUUCAUUGAGAUAAUGCUUGAGAAUAACUACACUGCUUGGAUGUCAGCGCGCUAUGUGGGCUGGUACGUAAGCUUCACAAAAAGGGGCCGACCGCGCAAGGGCCCCAACACGUUACCCAACCAGCGAGACGUGCAUUUCAUGAAACGCUUCCCUCCUGGGGAGCAGCCCAACCUACAGUCCUGCAACUUUACCACGGUCAGCAAGAGGAGCAAAAGAGUCCAGCAGACCUCUACAUCUCCUCAACCACUCCCAUAAUACAACAUGCCCCCUACGACACUGCAUUUUAAUGAGCACUGAUAGGAGAAUUACUCUAGGAGCUUGUUUGCAAAGACUAUUUCUUACAAAGACAGAUAAACUAGACACACUAUCCUUUAAAAUGUGAUUAGGUUAGAUGUAGGACCGACCUCCCAUUAUAAGUCACAGUCAAAGGAUGAGGUUGCUUAAACACUGUGUAAUCAUGCAAACAUAAUCAAGACUCCUGGGCAAGUGUCCAAUAACUAAACCCUGACUACAAGGGGACCAAGCACUUCAGGCCAAAGAAUUCCUCUCUACUGUCCAGUGCCACAGCCUUGUCCCACCUUUAAAAUAAGUAUCUGACAAGUUAAGUCAAGUGCUUUUCUUAUGUGAACUGCAAACAUGGAAGCAAUUCAUUGACAGCAAAGCCUGAAAGACCUGCAAGUUCAUAUUUAA